UGUGUGUAUAAGCUAAUACACAAGACAUCUGGAUUAUUUUAAGACGAGAUCCUUAAUAGAAGAGAUUUUAUCACAAGACUAGAAACACAGAAAAAUAGAAAUGAACUGUCUGGAGAAUGACACACAAGGCAGGUUGAGUUAAAAUGAAUACACCCAAACUAUACUGUUUUUUUACAAAACUUUUUCGCUCUUGAUGUCUGUGUUGACAAAAAGGUCCUGUUAGCCCUCUGUAGUCUCUUUAUGCCACAGAUGUGACACUUUGAACAAUGUCUGUGACACAUGAAGGCUCUCGCACACACACAUUGUAUCAGUGUCAGUCCAGGUGGCACACACAAGACCACAUGCUUUGAGGCAGACAAAAUAAUACAAUUACUCAUACAGACUAUCUAUGUGCCUCACACAGCAUGUGGACCACAUCAAAGCGGCCACUCACGCAGCGCUAAAUUGAAUGUAAAUGUUUGAACACGGAGCCAAGACUAAAACCUUGAGCCACUGUCUUCAAAAGAGCGUCUUAAUGUCUUAACUUUAUCAUGCCGAGGUUUACUAGCCUUGUAUGUGUAUGUGGGUGAUAAACAGAAUUAGUACGUUUGAUGUGUAUGAGAGAAUUAAUGGGAUUGAAGGGCAGUUUGUGUGUGUGUGUGUGUGUGUGUGUGUGUACAUGACUUGUUGGAGGUUAGCUGAGGUACCUCCUCCUCAGAAGAGUGCAUGAAUACAGGAUAAAUCUUUAGUCUACAAACAAAGUGUAUGUCAGUGUGUGAUUUGCUGCUUCUGGCUUAUAUGGCAACUGCGGGGGAGGACACCCUGAUGUUUGUUGAUCUGCAGGACAACAGAGGAAAAUCUUCUUGAGUCAUUUUUCAUGUAACCAGUAAUUUGAACAGAUGGGCUCAUAGAUAAUAAUUUAUCUCAGUCACACUGAUGCAAGCAGCGAUAGGUGUUUGAACUGAACUUCACACGCUCAAUUGGACUUCUUUUGAAUGCUGACACAAAUACAUUGCUGCAAAGAAAGGUGGGGUUCCAGCUAAACCUUUGUGGUUCUACCAGUCCAGUGUGUGAAUGAGUACAUGUAUGUCAUGUCCAGGCAUGUCCCAGUGCCGUCCCUCAGUCUCUCCUCCCUCCUAAUGUGUAUGAUGUCCCGUAUCUCCCUCCUUCUAAUCUCCCGUUUCCUGUGGAGUGCUGGUGUUUACACACACACUCAAUGCAAACCCAGGCAGAGAAAGAAAGACAGAGAGAGAGAGAGAGAGAAGGGACCUCAGUGAUAGAGAUCGUUGGGGCUCUGGAAAGGGGCAAUAUUCAGUUUGACAUGGACCAGAGCUGCUGUCUUCUUUGCCCAGUAGGUCACAUCCUUAUACGCAAACGCUCGAGGAGGGGUACUUGGAGGCCUGCCAGCCUCUGACACAUUCACAAACUUUCUCACACAUACACAGUCAUAUGGAAACUAGUAUUGUGCGUUGGAGACACAAGGUCAGAAAAUUUAAGAGCCUCCCGCUUGUCAGUGCUCUGAAUGAGCGAGUCCAGCUGGUGGAAGACUGGAAGUCCUCUGUGGAUAUCCUUACAUCAGGGCGAGAUCAGAAUCCCCGCCAACGAGAUCAUCGUCCUCUAACCUUUGAUUAACCAGGAGCUCGCUGAGCGGGACAGGGAUGUUACACACAGUCUGGACAUGAUGUAGCGAUCAUCCUCUUUUUGCGUAACAGUCGAGUGUUACAAGGCACUGCUGGCCUGGAUAUCGGGAAAUCCCCUUAUGGAACACUACAUGUGUGAUCUGCAGCGGAUCAGUUUGCAUUCAGCGGAUCAGGGUUUAGUACUGGUCAGGGGGUAAGCGGGGACAGUAUGUUAGUGAUGUUGGUGAUGGACGCUAUACAGCUCCACAGUCCCUGCCCCCCUCAGGUAUGACCCAGACCCUGAACCCCUCCUGGAGCACCCUGGACAGGGGUACGGCUGACUGGUUUGGGGUGAGCAAAGACAGCGACAGCACCCAGCGAUGGAGGAGGAAGAGCCUGCAGCACUGCAGCCAUCUGUACGGGGGUCUCAAGGCGCAGGUGAUGCGGGAGAUGGAGCUACACAGCCAGGACAACCUCUCCCUGGCCAGCACUGAGACCCCUCCUCCCCUCUACCUCCCACCCCACCACCCCAAUCACCACCACUAUGGCAUGCAGAGGAUUGUAGACCCCCUGGCCCGGGGUCGUGCCUUCCGCAUGGUGGAAGAGGUAGACGGCUUCAGUGUCCCGCAAACUCCCAUCACGCCCGGCACAGCCUCCCUCUGCUCCUUUUCCAGCUCCCGCUCCGCCCUCAAUCGGUUGCCACAACGACGCAAACGGGAGUCUGUGGCGGUCAUGAGUCUCAAAGCUGCAGCAGCAUUAAUGAAGGGACGGACAUUCGUUGACAGCACUGCCGGGCGAUGUCGGAGGCGGAGUUUCAUGCCUCCUAGUUUCUUUGAAGACGACACUGUGGACUUCCCCGAUGACCUGGACACUUCCUUCUUCACCAGAGACGGCCUGCAGGAUGAGUUGUCCAGCUACGCUGACGAAGUUUUUGAGACACCAUCGGAGGCUGCCAUCAAACAGCUGGACGAGAGCGAGCUGACAGGAAGUGCGCUGGACAAGAACGAACUGGAGAGGACUCAUCUCAUGCUGCCCUUAGAGCGGGGAUGGCGGAAGGCAAAAGACGGCUCUCUGGUCCAACCUAAGGUGCGUCUGAAACAGGAAGUGGUGAGCGUCAACAGUCAUCAUCAGCAGCGGGGACAGAGGAUUGUGGUUCCUGUUAAAAAGCUGUUUGCCAGAGAGAAGAGGCCCUAUGGGCUCGGCAUGGUUGGCCGUCUCACAAACCGGACGUACCGCAAGCGCAUUGACAGCUUCGUCAAAAGGCAGAUUGAGGACAUGGAUGAUCACAGGCCUUUUUUUACCUAUUGGAUCACAUUUGUCCAUUUGCUCAUCACCAUUCUGGCUGUCACUAUAUAUGGCAUUGCCCCUGUGGGCUUCUCACAACAUGAAACUGUCGACUCUGUGUUGAGGAACAAGGGAGUUUAUGAAAACGUUAAAUUUGUGCAACAACAAAACUUCUGGGUGGGUCCAAGCUCAGAGGCGCUAAUACACCUUGGAGCCAAGUUUUCCCCGUGCAUGCGCCAAGACCAAGAGAUCCACAAACUGAUCCAAGAGAAGAGAACGCGAGAGAGAGAGUCCGGCUGCUGCGUGAGGAACGAUCGCUCCGGCUGCCUGCAGACUGUACAAGAGGAGUGUUCGAGUACCCUGGCAGUGUGGGUUAAGUGGCCUCAGCACCCCAGUGCUCCCUAUCUGAAUGGUACGCUACGGCAACAUGGUUCUGUCUGCCAUCAGGACCCCAGAAUUUGUCUGGAGCCAGCCUCUGUUUCGCCUCAUGAGUGGCCUGACGACAUCACCAAGUGGCCAGUUUGUACAAGAUACAACUCUGGGAAUCACACCAACCUCCCCCACAUAGACUGCACCAUCACAGGCCGGCCCUGCUGCAUCGGAACCAAAGGACGAUGUGAAAUCACUUCAAGGGAGUACUGUGACUUCAUGCAUGGCUACUUCCAUGAGGAGGCUACUCUCUGCUCACAGGUGGCCUGCAUGGACGACGUGUGUGGUUUGCUGCCUUUCCUCAACCAGGAAAUCCCAGACCAGUUCUCCCGACUCUGGCUCUCCCUCUUUCUUCAUGCUGGGAUCCUGCACUGCCUGGUGUCGGUGCUUUUCCAGAUGACCGUCCUGAGGGACAUAGAGAAGUUGGCUGGCUGGCUGAGAAUCUCCAUCAUCUACAUGCUGAGCGGUAUCACAGGCAACCUGGCCUCAGCCAUUUUCCUGCCCUACAGAGCGGAGGUGGGUCCUGCUGGCAGCCAGUUCGGGAUCCUGGCCUGUCUGUUUGUGGAGCUGUUUCAGAGCUGGCAGAUCCUCGAGCGACCGUGGCGGGCUUUUGCUAAGCUGCUGGCCAUCUCAGUCUUCUUCUUCUCCUUCGGUUUGCUUCCUUGGAUCGACAACUUUGCCCACAUCUGCGGUUUCGUGUCGGGAUUCUUCCUGUCCUUCGCCUUCCUGCCGUACAUCAGCUUUGGCCGUACUGACAUGUACCGGAAGAGAGUCCAGAUCUGCAUCUUCCUGCUUGUCUUCCUGGGUCUCCUCUCGGCCCUGGCCGUCCUCUUCUACGUGUACCCUGUGAAGUGUGACUGGUGCGAGUACCUCACCUGCAUCCCCAUCACAGACAAGUUCUGCGAGAAGUACGACCUGAACGCACACCUCCUGUGAGCCUCAGCCUUUGAAAUGUCAGCCGGACUGGUUCUGGACGUGUCAUUUUUCUCAGUGUGACUGAGCAAGAAGAUUUCUCCUGGAAUAAUGAGCAGUAUUUCAGGAUUUCAUGUGGACAUAUUUGUUUGUUUUUGAAGGUACAACAGAUGAAUAAAGGCUACGCAUGAAAGCCUUCAGGCAUUUGAUUAGAAACAUUCACAAGCAUGGGAACAAAUCUAACGAUGUAAAGUUGACUGUCAAGAACUAGUGAUCGAUUUAUGUGUGAUUGAUCUCUAGCUGGGCUAAUUAAUGACCAGUCACACUGGCGGAGAGUUACAGACUUGUUUCCUGCCAAGUUAUUUACCUCGCUUCUGUGGCAAAACGGACAUAACAGCACCCCUUAGUGGCCACAAGGAACAGUACAACCUGAGACAGCUGCAAUGGAUUUUUGUUUUGUACUUUUUUACUGAUGUCCAGUUUUGUCCAUUAACUGGAUUUCCUUAGAGUUAGAACUCACCAAGAAAUGAGACUCUAAAAUGCAUAAAUGUGCCUUAAUGACACACAACCACACACACACACAGUGUCUUUUUGUGCAAUGUAUCAGUGUGUGUCAGCAGUUGUCUAACGUUUCAAACUGUCUAGAAACUGCAUUUCACAUUCUGGCACAAAUCGUGUAACGUGUUUAUUUAGUUUUUAGUAUUUGGUCGCUGAAUUUUGUGUUUUUUUUAACCACACGGGAAACCUUGGUUUCCACCACAGCCUUGAAUGCACUUCAAUCACAAAUGGAUUGUUUUUUAUAUUCACCCUGUGUUGCAUCAGUGCAGAACACACUUGUAUGUUAAUCUGCUCCAUUGUGAAUAGCUGUUACUGAGGUGAACUUGUGUGUUUUUAUUCAAUGUGGUUGCGUUUUAGCUACCUGACAAUAAACACAACAAGACACAGA